UUACUGCUGUUCAUCUCACGGGUCUUGCGUACUACUUUUCGACGUACAAAUUGAUUAGUUUUGUGUGCACGACUUUGGUGCUAUUCACAUGCUUCUGUGCUAUUGCAAUGGGACUUGUUUUUGUUGCGGGAGCCGUGAUUGCCUCUCACUAUUUGCGUGGCGGUAGUUCCACCGCUCAAGAUGGUGAGCCUCCGUCUGAAGAUGAGGAGGAUGAGGCGGAAGAAGGAGAUUUGAUUGAGGGGAAGCACCUUUUAUCUUUGCAUCACUCCGCGACGACGUUGUUACAUGAUGAGGAUUUAGCCUCUAAUUUGGCGGGGAGUAGGCAGGAGUCAUUGUUUCAUUUAUAUGAGGCGAAUUUGCCUCUUGCAAAAGAAAAGAAAUCCAAGUAA